AUGAAGUCCAAGGAGAUUAGAAGAUCGUACAGACGUAUACACAAGACACUAGAACCAGUGUCUCGAACCCCGUUACGCAUAGGAACAGUCGAGGAAGAAGAGAGGACUGAGGAUACAUCAAGGCUUCAAGCAGAGGGUGAGACGGUGAAAGUAGGUGAAGAGAAGAUGAGAGCAGAGGAAGAAAGGGUGCGAGUGGAGCAAAAGAGAGCAAAAGAACGAAAAAUAGAGGAGGCAAGGAAAAAGGGAGCUGAGAGGGAGAAAAAGAAAAAGGAAGAAGUAGCGCGAGCAGAGCAAGAGAGAUUGGCUAAGCUUGCUCGUGCUAGAGCAGAGGCAGAGCAAGCAGAAAAAGCCCGCCAAGCAGAAAUCACUCGUUUGAGUGAAGAGGCCAAACUCAUAGUAGAAGAAGAGGCUCGUCAAACCUUGGCUCACUCCUCUAGUCCAAACCAAGGGUUGACCAUGAGCACUACGAUGAUGCUGCACGGUAUUAUACAAGUGAAGAAAAGCGCCAUGAAUGCUUUGGGUGACAGACUCCUACAGAAGGUGGCAGACUUCACUACGGAUUUCAAUAGCAAAGCCACAAAAGCGGCAAAGGACAUAAACGAUACUCUUCUCCGAUUCAACUAUCGCUUAGACGAUGAAAUGCGAAAGGUUGGCGUUGAAGUCGACGAACUCCUCAAGACCAUAAAGGAGACGAUCAAGACAAUGCCUCGAGCAGAGGACCAGAGGGAUCUAUCUCCAUGUGCUGAACCGUCAAAGAGGAGGCGACUUGACGAUGAUGAAGAACCAGACGAGUCUGGUCCUCAAAAUUUUCAAUAG